AUGUUCUCUCGCAGUCCGGGAAGGACACUCCUUCCUUCAAAAGAAGACCAGAGAUUAUGUUUCUUCUAUCAAACGAUUAUCGAGAACUUGGUAGAUUCAGAUCACACGCGGUACCUUCACAGUCAACUUCCAGCUCUGUUCUCGCGCUCAAGGUCAGGAUCCGCGCUUCAGUUGGCAACAAAGGCAAUAUCGCAUGCUGCCUGGAUGAAGUCUCUCUCGCGUGGCUAUGAUGAAGAAAUGACUGCUGGCACUUGCAAGUUGGCGAAGACUAUUCAGGAUCCGAUUGAGGCGAAGAGUGAUGAGACGUUGUAUACGGUGCUGCUUGUCUCUGGAUACGAGACAAUAACAUUCAAUUCUGAAGCAUUGCCCGCUUGGGGAACUCAUAUUGAUGGUGCCACAGCCUUGGUGAAGAAUCGUGGCAGCGAGAAUUUCCGUACCCCUUUGGCAUGUAUGAUGUUCCUGUUCAUCCGAAGAAAUGCUGCACAAAGUCACGUCCAGACUUGCACGCCUGUCGAUCCAAUCUUUGAAACUUGUAGCGAGUUACUGGCGCCGUACGAGAACAUCGAAGACAGAUUGCUUUCAAACACUAUGCAUAUACCUAAUUUGCAGGCUUGGGCCAACGGACUUCUCUUCAAAUAUAGUGCGAAAGUCGAAGAGGAUGAGAUAACGGAGCUGCUUCAAAGCGCUGAAGACCUGGACUACGAGCUCGCGAACUGGGCUCUGGGGGUUCCCUCCGAGUGGUCAUACUUCACCAUCACGCGCAUGGAAACUCCAAAGACUUCAUCUAUACGUACUGGGCUAUUUAUUCCAGAUCAGCUCCAUCGAUAUCCAAACCUCUACGUGGCACGAACGUGGAAUCUGUACCGAGUCUCACGAUUAAUCAUUCAAUCCAUAAUAUCCCGAGUCUCUGCCUUGAGUAGCAGAGCAAUAAACACCAGCAAGGUCCAAAUCGACGCCAUUAGCCAGUCCAUGGUCUCGCAGAUCUGCGCUAGCAUCCCCUUCCUCCUCGGCUACGACUGCUCAGAACUGAAGUACACCAGCACUUCCUCCUCACCAACAUCCCUUUGGCCACAAUGCCUGCCAACUAAACCUAGAUCAUCAAAUAAUCCCGGCAAAUUCUCUCUCAUCUGGCCUCUGUAUGUUGCAAGUAGUGUAGAAUCAACUCCUGAAGCUCAGCGGAAUUGGAUGCGAAAGCAGUUGGAUUGGAUUGCCGGGACAGGCGAGGCUCAUGCGCAGGUUUUGAGAGAUUGUAGGAGUCAAACCUUACUUGGAAAGCCGGAGGCUUUCAGAUUUGACUGUGUGUGA